GAAAGUGCGGAUGUUGCCAUACAAAGAUACUCGUGUCCGUACGUCUCAACCCUCUCCACUGCCCACCUUCUUUCGCUACUACCGACGGUUCAGAUGCCUUUCCAAAUUCAAAAUCCCACAUUAUUGUUCUCCAUUUCCAACCCUUUGAUUCGAAUAAUCAUCUUGAGAAGCACAACACCUUGCUGUUCGUUGUUUGAGAAUGCUGGAUACAAGUGGGUAACAGAAUCAGCUUAACUCAUGCGUCCCCACCCGUCAUUCCAUUUCAUCACCAGCCAUGCCCAUUCUUCACAAGCACACUGAAAUUACUGAUCUUCCUUCUUCUGAGAUGAACCAGUGGAGGCCAGGGAAGAAGGAGAAGCUGUUCAGGAGAAAAACUUGGGUCUCGAGUACACAACCGACUACUAGUUAUGAUCAAGAUGCCGUUCACAGUUUUUCACAGCCUCGAAGAGUAAAACCGAAGAGAACAACUGUUGAUAGUUUAUACCAUGAUCUCGAAGCUCAAUCUGUUGUUAUGGCACGAGCAAAAGAGGUUCAAGCAAAAUUAUCUCCUAGGAAUCCCAGUCUUAUUAAGGUUAUGCUCCCAUCACAUGUCACUGGAGGAUUUUGGCUGGGUCUUCCAAAAGGAUUCUGUGACAUCCAUUUGCCGAAGCAGGAUACUGCAAUGGUCUUAGAAGAUGAAAAUGGGAAGUUAUAUGAAACAAAAUAUCUGUCCGACAAAACAGGGUUGAGUGCUGGAUGGCGAGGUUUCUCAAUAGCUCACAAAUUACUACAAGGAGAUGUUAUAGUUUUCCAUUUAGUCAUGCCUAACAAAUUUAUGGUUUACAUUGUGAGAUCCAAUUCUGCAGCUAAGGUUGAUGGUGCUCUAGGCCUUAAGUAUGAGGCCUCCUACAAACAAACACCUAUAUAUAGCAAAGAAAAUAUUCCUCAUAUUAAGGAGGAACAAAUUACCGUCGAGGAUGAAAAUGCCGAAGAGACUAAUGUUGUUCCUGUGAAGGAGGAAACAGAAGAAGACCACAAUCCCGUCUCCCAUCCAAUGGAUAUCCAUGAAGAACGCGAGCAAACAAAUAGCCACAAGCUUUUAGAUACUGAGAUGAUGCCUGUGCUAGAAGAGUCUGAAAAUGAGAGAAGGAGUUCUGAUUCUAACUCAAUGAAUGGAAUUCAUUUAUCAGACUCUAGACUUUCUUUUGACAAAGUGAACAGUUUGGAUGAUUUUAUCAUUUCUGUAAAUGGAUUGAUUAUUGACUCUGGGUUCUCCAAUCACAUUAGAGCUAAAUACUAUGAGCUAUGCUGCAGCCAGAAGUCAUUUCUUCAUGACCAUAUUCUUGAAGGUCUUAAUUACAAACUUGUUUCAGGAAUCAUAUCAGAGACCAUCAAUAUUGCUGAUGCCAUUAAAGCAAGCAAGGUUACCAUUUCACAAGAGCACCUUGUGACUUGGGACAAAACUCUAACAGCCUUUGAAGGCUUAGGAAUGAACGUAGGCUUUCUGCGAGUUCGAAUCAACCAGCUACUGACUCUCUCCCAAAAACCAGAGAAGAAAAGGGAAGCAGAGAUGAUGCGGGACUCUAAACAAGAGGAAUUACACAUUCUCUUGACAAAAAUCAUGGAAGGAAGAACAACCUUACGGCAACUAGAAGCCAAAAUUUGCUCUUUAGAAACCGAUAUUAAACAUAUGGAUAAAUUGUUCAAGGAAGUUGCCAGUGCCCCAUGGUACUUGGAGAGAUGAUAUACAAAAUAUAGAAAAAAUCCUGCGUUUUUAGAGUUGGUUUGCUUUUGUUGGAAAUUGCAGUGUAUCACUUGGUUAAAAGAGAGCUUUGAGAACAUUCUGCCAUUUCUUUUUGCAAGUUUCACUGAUGGGUGGGGAGGGAUAGUUGUUAUAGACUAUUAGUAACAACCAUAGUAGUUUAGUUUUGGCAAUGGAAGGAGCAGAGUGAAAGAUGUAAAAUUUUGGGAAUGUAAUUGUAAAAGGUGAAUUUGAAGUUUACCAUAUUCUAUAUUCAAACAUAUAUACUUUGUCUUUUAGUA